CGACCAGCCCGUACACCACGGGAGAAGAAAGGGGGAUCAGCUCCGGUGACUCCCAACUUGGCCUUAAAAUUUCAGUUAUCGACGAAAGCAGAUAAUCUCAUCAUGAGAUCUCCGCGUUCCUGCUGUCCCACACUCCCACUUGUCCUUCCAGAAUCCCAGACUGCAAAACUUUAAAACCACAAAGCUAGCUACAGGGUCGUCGCGUGUCAACUCACAAAAGUCACGGACCGGGUACGACCAGGAAAACCUGGUCCAAUCAAAAGUUGCUUCACCAGCCGUGUGUACCCAUGAAAGUUCAUGGAAACAGGACAAAUGCAGCAGCAUGAUAAAACCACGCAAUCUAGUAGUAAUCCACCACUGAUCGAUCAUCCUCAGGUGUCUCCAGCCUGCUAGAGAUGAGCGCAGGAGAAGACGGAGUUUAUUUCAGGAUGAGAUUCUUCUUCUUCUUCUUCUUGGUUGUGCUAUGCUUGCUAGAUUCCAAUAUCUCCACGUCCCAUGGCUGCUUCGUGGAGGAGAGGACGGCGCUGAUGGACAUUGGCUCCUCUCUGACGCGCUCAAACGGCACGGUGCCGCCAUCAUGGGGGCGCGGCGACGGUGACGACGACUGCUGCUUGUGGGAGCGCGUCAAAUGCAGCAACAUCACUGGGCGAGUAUCACAUCUCUACUUCUCAAACCUGUAUGAUUCUCUGGAAGUGCUAAAUGCACAUGGUGACUCGUUUUGGCGUUUCAACACGACGGUCUUCUCCUCAUUCCCGGAGCUUCAGUUCCUGGAUCUGUCCAGUAUCUAUCCCAGUUCUCUAAAUAUCGAUGGCUUGGUAGGGCUGAAGCUGCCCAAGCUACAGCAUCUCAACCUCAGUUAUAACUGGUUGCAAGAGAGUAUCCUCGCAGAUCUUGGGGAACUGGUUUCGCUUGAAGUCCUAGAUGCCAGCUCCAACGCCAUGAGUGGAGUUGUUCCCACUGCAGUUUUAAAAAAUCUUACGAAUCUGAAGGAGCUGAAUUUGAGUGCCAACGGAUUCAGCGGAAGCCUUCCGGGGUCAUUACUUGAACUACCUCACCUUGAUCCCUCAGGAAGUUCGUUAGCAGGACGUACUCCAAUUAAUUCAUCUUUGGAGCCAGUUUCACUACAAGUAUUAAAUCUCAACAACAACAGGAUGAGUGGAGCUCUUCCAACCGAACGAGCAUUCGGAUAUCUAAGGAACCUACGAGAAUUGCAUUUGAGUUCCAAUAACUUCACUGGAAACAUUUCUACUUUCUUGCUUUCACUUCCACAUAUUGAACGAUUGGAUCUCUCGGGAAAUACUUUUGAAGGACCUAUCCCUAUAACUCCAUCUUCAAAUCUUUCUCUGUCUCUCAAAGGUCUUCGGUUUUCCCAGAACAAUCUGAGUGGUAAACUCUCAUUUUUUUGGCUGAGGAACCUCACUAAACUUGAAGAAAUCAACUUGUCAGGGAAUAUUAAUUUAGCAGUUGAUGUCAAUAUUCCUGGAUGGGCACCUCCAUUCCAACUGAAACAGUUAGCUCUCUCUGGUUGUGGUCUUGACAAAGGCAUAAUUGCAGAACCACACUUUCUACGCACACAACAUCAUUUGCAGGAGCUUGACUUGUCAAACAAUAACUUGUCAGGAAGAAUGCCGAAUUGGCUUUUUACAAAAGAAGCAACUCUGGUUAACCUAAACCUUGGAAAUAACUCGCUAACUGGAUCUCUAAGUCCCAUAUGGCACCCCCAAACAGCUCUACAAUCUAUUGUUAUAUCUACCAACCGUAUUACAGGGAAGCUACCUGCCAACUUCAGCGCAAUAUUUCCAAGCUUGUCCACUCUGGAUUUGUCAGACAAUAACUUUCAUGGAGAAAUUCCGAUGUCACUGUGCAGCAUCAAACACAUGAAGGACUUGAGCUUAUCAAACAAUAAUUUUUCUGGUAAAAUGCCGACUUGUGUGUUCACUGAUUUUCUUGAGCUGUGGACCUUGAGUGCCUCAAACAACCAGCUUGGAGGUCUGGUGUUUGGUGGGAUGAAAAAACUGUCCAUCGGGUUUGCAAUGCACCUACAGAACAACAAAUUUGAAGGAACACUGCCUCGUAAUCUGUCAGGAGCACUAGUAAUCAUGGAUUUGCAUGAUAACAGCCUGUCCGGUGAACUUGACACCUCAUUUUGGAAUCUGUCUAAAUUGCAGGUACUAGAUCUUUCUGGGAACCAUAUAACUGGCAGUAUCCCUCAAAAAAUUUGCAGCUUGGCAAGCAUUGAAAUUUUAGAUCUUUCAAACAACAACUUAUCAGGAUCUAUACCAAGAUGUGCCAGUGCAUCUCUAAGUUCGCUUAAUCUGUAUGGGAAUUCAUUAUCAGGAAACAUCUCGGAUGAUCUUUUCAACACAUCAAAUCUUAUGUAUUUGGAUAUGAGACAUAAUAAGUUGACUGGUAACCUCAAUUGGUUACGGCAUCUUGAUAAAAUCAAGACACUUUCAUUGGGAUGGAAUGACUUUGAAGGCCAAAUCACUCCAAACUUGUGUAAACUAAAGUGCCCAAGGAUAAUCGACUUCUCACACAACAAACUCUCAGGCUCACUGCCACCAUGUGUUGGCAACAUCUCUUGUGAGAGUGAUACGGCAGCUCAAAAUUAUUCACCAUUGCUACUUAUUUAUGUUAUAAUAGAGGCUUACAUAAUUGUUCAUGACCCAAUAGACUUCACCUUUGCUACAAAAGGGGGACAAUAUACAUAUGGUUACAACUUCUUCGAUCUGAUGUCUGGUAUCGACUUAUCCGGGAAUAUGCUGUCAGGAGAAAUUCCAUGGGAGCUUGGGAAUCUGAGCCAUAUCAAAUCCCUCAACCUGUCCAACAAUUUCUUCACUGGUCAAAUCCCAGCAAGCUUUGCAAACAUGAGCGAGAUUGAAAGCUUGGACCUUUCCCACAAUGAACUGAGUGGAUUGAUUCCAUGGCAGCUGACCAAAUUAUCGUCAUUAGCGGUGUUCUCUGUGGCAUAUAACAACUUAUCAGGAUGUAUUCCAAACUCUGGUCAGUUCGGCACGUACGGUAUGGAUAGCUACCAAGGCAACAGUAAUCUUCGGAGUAUGUCAAAGGGAAACAUAUGCUCUCCAGAUUCAGGAGCAGGUGACUUGCCAUCGGAAGGAAGAGACAGUAUGGCAGAUGAUCCAGUGCUCUAUGCAGUCAGUGCUGCCUCAUUCGUCCUGGCGUUUUGGGGCACCGUUGCUUUCUUGUUUUUCCAUCCACUCGGACGGCGUGCAAUUCUCGCGACAAGGAAUUUGGUGUUUUGGUGUGGUCAUUAACGAUUUGAAGUUUAUUUUUCUGUCAUCCAUUUCUGAUUGUGAAGUCUCCACUUACCAACUGCUUCAAAAUUCUUGAGUCUAUAAUUUUUAAUCUAAUGUCCAUAUUUUGUUUUGGGCCUGUCAUCUAAAUGUCGAUGUUGUGUAAAUGGCUGUUGAGAAAUGUAGCUUGCUAUAAGAUGAAUGAA